AGAUGAUAACAUAAAUUUACUAAUAGUUCAUUAAUAUAAGACAAAGAAUAGAUUAUUUUUCUCUCAAACCUUACUUUUUGUUGCUUAUUAAAUAUCGACGACUGUCUCUUGACCACACGAUUACACACGAGACGAAAGUGUGCGAAUAACUGUGCGAUACUCAUAUCUCACCAAAAAGUGGAAUAUCUUUCAUUGAGUGUAUGUAUGCAUGUAACUGUAUGUUAUGUAGUGGUGUUACGUCGCUGUUUUACCUUGGUUUCACUGGUUUCACUUAUCUGUCAAAUCGAACAAAAUAGUGUUCAGUUAUUAGAUAUUAGGAGAAACAGCUGGAUAUUUAGCUUUUUACAUAAUGGCCCACUGGUUUCAUCGCAAUAUGCUAAAAGCAACGACAAAUCAAAAAUUUGAAUUCAAAAUAGCUAAUGCCACUGAUAGUACAAGGAAAUUGUGCAGCGAUUUAAAACUGUCAAGAAUACGUCUUUUAGACUUGAUAAAAAAUCCAAAUAAUUCGAGUGAUUCUGUAGAACCAGCUUUCCAUAGCUAUUUAAGUUUAUUGUAUGGAUUUAUGUGGGAAAUAAAUUCAUCUGCUGAGCAAGAUCAACAUAGUGGAUGUCCAAAUCCUAGUAAACUUAGAAAUGUGCUUGUAUUCAAGUGGACGCACACAUUAUUAGGAUCAAAUACUUAUUCCAGAGCUGACGCUGUUUAUGAAGCAGCUAAUAUGAGUGUAAAUGUAGGACUUUGGUUUAUGAAACAUGCUGCAAUGAUCGCUGCUAAAGAUGACAUAAAUAUGAAUGAAGCAAAGGAUGUACAUACAAUGCUCAGGAGAGCUGCCGGAAUAUUUACUUUUGUACAAACAGAAUUCUUGCCGAAAUUGGCAGAUCCUCCACCAAUUGGAAGUGAUCUGGAUCCACGAAUACUAAUUGCAUACGUAAAUCAAUGUACAGCAGAAGCACAAGAAGUUACAGUAGCAAGAGCAGUGGAAUUAAAGCAUAAUGCUAGCUUAAUAUCAGCUUUAGCUAAUGAAACAAGUAAAUUGUUUCUAGAUGCUGCUAAUAUUUUACGUCCGUUUAAGCCAGAGAUAUCGGCUCAAUGGAUUAAAUAUUUGGAACUGAAAGCAUCAUUUUAUCGAUCCUACGCUUAUAACUAUUGUGGUGAAAAUUUAUUAUCUAUGGAUAAAUGUGGAGAAGCAAUUAAAGCUUUGCAAGAAAGCGAGGCUUGUCUAAAAAAGGCUAAUACAUUAUGCCAGGAGUAUGGAAAAACAAAAGGGCCUGCUCCUAGAGUAAAACCUAAUGAACAUGUUGUAUUUAAACGACUGGCUCCUACGGUCAAACUUACUCUUGACAAAUGUAAUCGAGAAAAUGGUUUAAUUUAUCACCAUACAAUACCUGGAGAAGUUCCAGCAUUAGAUACAAAAGCUACUUUUGGUUUGGUAAGUCCUAUCGAUUUUGAAAUGCAGCCUCAUCAUCCUCUUUGGAAUUCGAAUGUAUACAAUAAAUUAUGUAGCUUAAACCCAGCUACUAUAGAAAAAGAACAAAAUUUGCCACCUGUUAAAGAGGAUGAAGUUCAUCAUAGCACCAAGGAACCCAGAAACGAAAGUGGCUGUAUAUUGCAAUAAGCUUAACGUUAGCAAUAGUCAAUUAAAUUCACCGCGUUUUCAUUGCAACAACACGAAGUUUUGCUUUAAACUGUUAUACAGUUGACAAUCCAGUAUUGCAUAACUAUUUUAGUAUUUUUGUUUCACGCAACCAAUAGUAUGUGUACACGUGCUUUUAACUAAAAGAUACAGCAUGAAUUAUACUCACGAUAAAUGAGUCGUCGAGAAGAAUAUUUUCAAGUAAAUGAAAGAAUAUGUACUAAGUUUUUAUAUUUCCAGUACAUUCUAAUCAUUACUGACAUAAUAUACAUAUAUACGCUUCAGGUCUGUGCAAUAGAUAAUAUAUGCAAUGCAUACAAACUAAUGUAUUUUAUAAAUAAUUUAUGUGAUGGCGAUUUUAAAAAAAUUUACAAAAGUUUAUUAUUGAUGAGUACUUCGAAAACUAGUCAAUAAAGGUUGUAUGUAACGUAACGUAUAUUUUGAAAUUACGUUUCAUAUUUAUUGAGGCUAUAAUGAAGUGAGAAAAAGUGUUUUAUGUGAUAAGCUACUUUUAAUUUGUAUAUGUAUCAAGAAUCGACCAAUAUAAUUAAUUGUACAUAUGUAUGCAGUUUUAACAGUUAUAAUGUAUUUAUUUUUAAUCGCAAGUAAAGAUCACACACGAGUUAUGAACAUUUUGUGCGAAACAACACAUAUAAAUAAAACAGAAGCUAUGAUGAAAUACAAAUGAUGUAUUAGUACAUAUUUUAAUCCUUAUUAUAUAAAAUAUGUAACUAUGUAAUCUAUAACAUUUCUAGAAAUUAUAGAUAUUUUGAGUUAAUAUUAAA